AUGGAGCUAGACAACCAGCGGCAGCGCAUGCUGAGCUUCAUCUCGCACACCGAGGAGAUGAACAAACUCAGACGCUCCCUCUCGAGCCCCGCCGACAAUGAGCGGCAGACGGGCGCCGAAUCCGUCAACGCCAGCGCUGGACACGAUCGUUCCAAUGCAUCGACCCUUCCCGCGCCGUUACCCAGGUCAGAGUACGCGAACCACGCCUACUCGAUAGGCGACAACAUUGUAGGGGUGGACUUUUACAUCGCCUGCGACCAGGGCGACCUCGCCGACGUCACGGCAUUCGUCCAACACAACACUCCCUCUCGCGCAGUACUACAGUACGGCCUAGAGCACGCCUCCUUUGGGGGACAGGCCGAAGUCGCCCGCUUCCUCCUAGCCAAUGGCGCGAGCCUCCACAGCAACGUCUUCGCAAGGCUCGAGCCCCAGAAAUUCGGCAACAUAUCCACCUUUGAAAGACAUCCGCGGGGCCCCGAUCUCCCAGCCCAAGACAUCACCAGGGCCCUCGAGGUCGCCGUGGGCAGCUACGACAUGACCAUCGUGCAAAAACUCCUAGACCAUGGCGCCAACCCCCACUACGCCACCCUCAGCCUACACCUUCUCUCUCAAAACCACGAUCCCUCUAACCCAUACCUCGCCCGGGUCCCAGUACCAUUUUCGCGACGGAAACCCGUGGCAGAGUACCUCCUCACCGUGGACGGCGUGCAAGUCGACGAGAAAAGGGACAUACCCCUGCGAUUCGACCCGCAGGUGGCGACCAACGUCGUGUUCAAUCCGGCCGCUACCCAAAGUUGCACGCCCUUGGACGCGGCGCUGCAGAACAAGGACUGGGAUUUUGCGGAAUGGCUCCUGGAUCACGGGGGUGCGCGCGACAAACUCGGCGCGCUCGAUCCGCGGACGGGGCAGCCGGCGACGCUAGCCUCCCAACAGUAA